AUGACGCGUGUGAACGCCGGCCGCGACGAGUCAGGCCAGACAGCCGCCGCAGACAGCCGCCAGUGCGCACUCCAGACACAGACAGCGAGCAUGCACAGCUCGACAGCGUGGGCGAGGUCCUCCUCCUCCUCCUCCCUCACUUCCGACCGCCUCCGCCCGUCCACCCGCCGCACCACCCCGUCCCCGUCCCCGUCCUCGCCCAAGACCGGACGCGCCCCCCGCCCAGACGACGCGCCGCGCAGCCCCGCCGUGCGCAGACUCGACGCGCUGGUCGCUGGUCUGAGCGGGCGCGGCGCACAGCCCGCCGAAGCGUGCUUCUGCCAAGCGCGCACCCACGCGCUCUCGCCCUACACCCCGAUCUGCACCCACUGCGGCCUCGUCCUCUGCGCCCUCCACCUCCCCUACGCCCCGUGCCCCCACUGCGCCUCCGCCCUCCUCGCGCCCACCGCCCGCGCCGCCCUCCUCGCCCGCCUCCACGCCGAGAUCGCCCAGACGCGCGCGAGGGAGGACGAGGAGCGCCAAAAGGCGGCCGACGACAUGCGCGCCAGGGUCGGCGCCUUCCCCUCCCUCGGCCCCGGCCCUGGCCCACAGAGCAGUGGCGGCGGAGGCGGCAGCAGCACCCCCCCGCCGCGCGCCAGCACCCCUGCGAGCUCCGAGCCCCACAAGGUCCUCACGCUCCACGGCGGCGGCGCAGGCCGCAAGGCGAAGAAGGUCACCCUGGCCUCCUACACCCGCUCUUCCCCAUCCACCCCGCGCGCGCCUUCCCCGAUAGAGCCCGCGGAGGUCGUGUGGCGCGCGCCACCCCCGCCAAAGGAGGUCGUCUUUGCCCAGGGCCCGAGGCAGCCGGCGACGCUGUGGGUCGAUCUGCUAGGCGAGCGCGUGGUCUACGUCGAUCCCCCAAAGACAAGGCCCGCCCCCAAGCCCAAGCAGAAUCGCCGCGAAGGUAAAUUCCUGAUCAUCAUCGUCAUAAAGAAAAGACAAACACCGAUCGAUACAGCAGCGGGGCCCGAAAGAAAUCAAUAA